CCAAUCCGGUUCCAUCCGGUUCUCCCACCGCCCCCUCCGCGGGUCGCAGCAGCUCCGGCGGCGGGAGCCACAGCAGCAGCAGCAGCUAGGCAGCGCAGCUUCGGGAGGCUUCCGCGCGCCGCGGCUCGCAGCACUCGCACGUGCCCCGCGCGCCGCCAGGAUGCCCAAGAGGAAGGUCAGCUCGGCCGAAGGCGCGGCGAAGGAGGAGCCCAAGCGGAGGUCGGCCCGCCUGUCGGCUAAGCCUGCUCCUGCCAAGGCGGACGCCAAGCCCCGGAAGGCGGCGGGCAAGGAUAAAUCAUCAGACAAAAAAGUUCAAAAAGGGAAAAGGGGAGCAAAGGGAAAACAGGCUGAAGUGGCUAACCAGGAAACUAAAGAAGAUUUACCUGCAGAAAAUGGAGAAACGAAAAACGAGGAGAGUCCAGCCUCUGAUGAAGCAGAAGAGAAAGAAGCCAAGUCUGAUUAAUCAUACACCAUGUCUUUUCAGUGGUCCCGUCUCCCUUCUUGUACAAUCCAGAGGAAUAUUUUUAUCAACUAUUUUGUAAAUGCAAGUUUUUUAGUAGCUCUAGAAACAUUUUUAAAAAGGAGGGAAUCCCACCUCAUCCCAUUUUUUAAGUGUAAAUGAUUUUUUUUUAGAAGUGAAAUCAUUUGCUGGUUGUUUAUUUUUGGGUACAACCAGAAAAUAGUGGGAUAUUGAAUUAUGGGAGGCUUGGACUGUCUUUGGUGUCAGCUUAACAUUCCAUAGGUGGGGGGUUAGUUUUAUAUCCUACAAUACAAAGCAUAUUAAAUGGCAGUUUGGAGUCACAGUAUUGCAUUUAAUGUCUUGAAUAUUUUAAAUUACUUCUAUUCCUGUGUUUUUUAGUAGAAUUGUUUCCUAAAGAAGACCACUACUGGAUCAUUGCUGUCAGAAUCGUAUGUACUCUGUAACAUCUUUGGUUGUGGAAGUCUAGUUUUCCUAAUAUUUUUAAUGUGCUGUGAAAGAUGAAAAAUUUGAGUAUGUUGUGUGUGACAAAGUUUUGAAUUAGUGGGACCUAAGUAAUAACAUUCAAAGAUACUGGUACUUGAUAU